GAUUUAUCAACACUCGGUUUUUUUUUUGUCAUCUUAUUUUGCAUCAUUUUAAUAUUUAUUGUUUUUUAAAUUUUUUGACCAACGUUCGUUCUUUUUGUUUUUCUUGCGUGUAAAUAAAUUCAUUUCACGUCAAUAUAGUCUUUUCAACGUUCGUAUGUUUUAUCAGACCAUACUGAAUACCGAUCGAGUUUCGCGUUUUACUUGUGGCCGUCGGGUGCUCGAGGUGUAAUUUUCAAGAAUGCUGUGAAUCUCGUUUAGCAGUUAUUUUGCAUACCUAUUGUAUCAUUUCAAACCGCCGAGGAAAAACGUCUUGAGAUAAAGCACUGAUAUUAUAAUGUGGGAAAUUUUGAUUUACGCGUUUUCCAUGUUCAUGACCGGAGCAUUGUUAUUCCUCAUGGUUUACUCUAUUAUAACACUGUCAGAUCUCGAAUGUGAUUAUUUAAAUGCUCAAGAAUGUUGUAACAGACUGAAUUUUUGGGUACGACCAAAAAUUGUUGCACAAACUAUAAUAGUUAUAGGAUUUUUGACUGAUAGCAAUUUGUGGAUGGCCCUUGUAAAUAUUCCAGCUGCUGCAUGGGUCAUUUAUGAGUUUGUCACUAUACCUAGAGGAAAUACAGGUUUAUUUGACCCAACCGAGAUUCACCACCGUGGCCAAUUAAAGAAGCAUAUGCGUAAUUUUGUAAUAUUUACCGGAUGGUAUCUUAUUACGUUUUUCUUCUAUUUAUACUUCAUGAUAUUGGCUAUACUAAAAGGCAAUCCCUUGGAGACUGAAGCGCCUCAGCACGUCAACAAAUUCUAGUCUUUAUUUUGCACAUCCUAACAUUUAAUAUAAGAUUUUUUUUUGUGUUAUUUAAGUUUUUAUGUAAACAUUUGUUUGAUAUUUUUAAUAAUAUGCUUACUACAUUGUAACAUCGUUGAUUUUAUUAUAUACAGAUGUAUUUAAGUUAUACCACUACAAAACUGGGCCAACUGGUUUAUUUCUAGCAAUAAUAAGUGUGUAUCCUAUAAUACCUAUAAUAUAAAUAGAGCAAAAUGUAUAUUAUGGUACAGUGUUAUAGAAUGACUGGGGAGUUCUGGUCUUAAAUUGUGGUUUUUCUGUUUAUUAUAAAAUCAAUAGUUCUGCCUACUCUAAAAACAAUUAUUUAUAUUUAUAUUAUUUUGUUUUAAGAACAUUGAUAAUGUUAAUUAGAUUAAACAUUUUAUACAGUAUACAUGACUCAUCACGUUUAUAUAUCUGGUUCAGCAAGAUGAUAUACUGAUUAUGUGCAUUAUCACGCGACACCCUACCAUUGAGACCAGUUUUCUAUGCAAAGGUAUCACAUGAGUACAUGACAAUGCACAGUAGAACUGAAAUUAAGGCCACGGUGUGUUCUCUUGCUGGGCAGGGUAUAAUUGUAAUUUUUAUCACUUUGAUGUAUUACCAUAUUAUUUCAUAACUUAUUGCUAUGAGUUAAUAAGUAUAAUAUUUAAUUAAGGUUAAGAAUAUAUUUAUAAUAAUGAUUAAAAGUAAUUGAAUAAUUUUUUAAUUUCAACACUAUAAAGUAUUGAUGUUAAUUGAAUAUUUUAAAUUUAAAUAAUGAAGAAUUUAACAAAAUAAAAGAUUCAAUAUUA